GAAAAAAUCACCCGGUAAGUUUAACAAAUCAACGGUCGGGAAAACCGCUGGUGACUGGUCCAUUCCGAGAGAUAAGUUGUUCUGUGAAGGUUAUGGCGUAGUAUACCUAUUCAAUCAGUGGUAAAAGGAGUGUUCGAAAUGGUGUCCUGUAGUCAGUGUAUCCAAUGUAUUGUUUUAUUAUUGAGCGUUCUAGUUGAAUUUGCUCACACGGCUUGCACCACAAAGGAUCUAAUAGCGAAAUGUAGUUGGGUUACCGAGUUAUCUGCUGAAUAUUUCGAAAAGUACGUUGACAAUUACCGAAAUGUACGCGAACUACAUAUAGCUAAUAACAAAAAGGAGUUACAUUUUUACACCUCGCCGUUCAGGAAUAUCGUCAAUUUAGAACGACUCGUAAUAAUAGAUAACAGCCACAUCCGAAAAGUAUUUAACGGCACCUUCGAUGGAUUACCGCUGAAAACUAUCGUCAUGAACAACAAUAGUAUAGAAGAAAUUCAUCCAGGAACCUUCCACAAUUUGGAUCUACUUGAAAAUUUAUCUCUGGCUUUUAACAAGUUGAAAACCAUUCCCAAAGGAAUAUUCAGGAAUUUAUCGAAAUUGGAUUUUCUCCGAUUCUCGGCGAAUGAAAUAUCCUCUGUUGAUGAUUCAGCUCUGGAAAAUCUACCACUAUUGGAGAAUUUACAACUGAAUUAUAAUAAAUUGCAAACGAUUGUGAUACAUAAAGUUGUGAGUCAUCCAGAGCACUUGAAAUACCUAUUUCUAGAAAACAACCUAUUGUCUAAUAUAACCGAAUACAUGUUGCGAAAACUAACCAGGUUGGAAUAUCUAGAUUUGUCGUUCAAUAAUAUUUCAAUAAUUGAGGCUGGUGCCUUUGAACAGACUCCACAACUGAAAGAGUUGCACCUUCAUUACAACAUCUUGAAAGAAGUAGAUGGGUCGAUAUUUCCCUUGGUCUACCUAAAGCAGCUGGAUUUGAACAACAAUGAACUGAUGUUUUUAUCCUCGACUUUCCUGUUCAGAUUUCCAUCUUUGGAAAUUGUUGCGCUUUAUGAAAAUCCUUGGAAUUGCGCUUGUUUGAGUGCUAUCAGAAGUAUUUUAUUCGAACUCGAAAUCAAGGAAAAGUGUGCAGAGGUGUAUUCGAAUGGGAAAAGACCGAUGUGUGUUUCACAUGACUCUACGAAUAAGUUGUGCAGCUACGAGUACGAUGCUGAGUUGAAGGAUAUGUUUAUGGAUUAUAAGAGGAAUAACUUGAUAUACAUUGAUGAAACCGAUUGUAGUACUGGCAGGAUCAUUCAUUCAGUAGUGAUCAAUAUGUUCAAAAUGGUAUUCUGCGGUCAAUUUAUUCUACUCAUUGUUAUAGAAUUGAGUGUACUAGUGAACUUUUCGCGCACUUCGUGCAUUACCAAAAAUCGAAUCGCGUAUUGCAGUUCGGUUACAAAGUUGUCUGACAAUUUCUUUAAUGAGUCUAUCAAGGACUAUCAGGACCUCAUUGAGCUACAUAUAGCGAAUAACCACUCGAAAUUAUCUAUUGGCACCUCUACGUUCAAAAAUGCUGUCAACUUGAAGGUAGUCUAUAUAGAGCAGAGCCGUAUCCAAAGAUUAUUGGAAGGUACUUUCGAGGGACUAGAGUUGGAGAUGAUUAUCAUCGACUACAAUGGUAUAGAAAAAAUUGAUCCAGGGUCUUUCCACAAUUUGAGACUACUUGAAAUCUUGUCUCUAGUGGGUAAUAGGUUGAAAACUAUUCCUAAGGGAGUAUUCAAAGAUUUACCUAGAUUGUCCUUCCUGGACCUUUCGAUGAAUGAAAUAUCCCUUAUUGAUGAUUUGGCUCUGGAAAAUUUACCAAAACUGGAUAAUUUGCGACUCGACAGCAAUAAGCUCGAAACAUUUUCAGUGCACAAAUCUGUAAGUUAUCCUGGUCAGUUAGAAUCUCUUUCCCUAUAUAACAAUUCCUUGUCCAGUGUAACAGAGUAUAUGCUGCAAAACCUGUCGAGGCUGGAAUAUCUCAAUUUUCACAUGAACAAGAUUUCAGUUAUCGAGGCUCGAGCUUUUGAGCAAACUACGCAGCUGAAAGAUCUACGUCUGAGUUACAAUAACUUGAGAGAAGUAGAUGGGACUAUAUUUCCAAGGAGAGGAUUGCACAACCUGAAACGGCUGGAUUUGGACAACAAUGAGCUGAUGUUUUUAUCGUCGAAUUUUCUGUUCAGACUGCCUUUUCUGGAGAUUAUUUCGCUUCAUGAAAAUCCUUGAAAGUGUGCUUGUCUGAGUGCUAUUCGAACUAUUUUGGUCGAAAACGGAA